AUGCCCAGAGCCGGGAGAGACAAAACCCUCCUCCGGCUCCGGGAGAGGCUCCAACGGCCCCGCACGAGCCCGGCAGAGCCGCAGCGCCCCGCCGCAGCCCGGCUCGCGCGUCACUUCCGCUCCCGGGAGAGUCUGGAACUACAUCUCCCAGCCUGCCUUGGGAGGGCGCUUCCGCCCUCUCCAACCCGCGCAAACCCAGGCAGGAACUGGCGGAGCUGGGGGGCGGGGCCGGGAGAACUCAGCCCCGAGUGGGGGGCGGGGCUUUGCUGCUGCCCGCGCUCCGUGCUGGGGGGGCCCGUCAUUAACCCCUCCGUGCCCGGCCGGGGGGGGCUUUCUCCAGCCGGGACCCGCCCCCGGGCUCUGCGCGCCCCCGCCCCGGCUGCAGAACACGUUUCGCUCCAGCUGAUCCCGUCCUCCCAUGGGACAGGGGAGAGAAAUGGCUGCAGUGGAGCCAGUUCAGAGGCCGGUGACCUUCGAGGAGGUGGCUGUGUAGAAGAGCGGGCUCUGGUGGACCCCGCUCAGAGAGCCCUCUACAGAGAAGACAUGCAGAAGAACUAUGAGAAUGUGACCUCGCUGGCAGGUGAUGCAAUGGUAUGUGAGAAAGAAGAGCAGAAUUCUCAGCAGGAAAAUCUUGAGCAAGUGGAUAAAGACAGAGCACUAUCACAAAGAUCGGAAAGGAAUGUGUCCAGGAGUCAUGAGCAGGGAAAAUCCUGUGAGAUUCAGCACAGACCAGAAAGAGAGCAGGGAAACCAGCCAGGGGAGAAAGUGGGAAAAUUAAUUUCGUGUCAGGGAACUCAGAAGGGCCUCAAGGAAAACACAACACAGCAGGAAAUCCUCAGGGGAAAGAGAAACAAUACAUGCACUGAGUGUGGGAAAAACUUACAACACGACUCAGCCCUUAUAAACCAUCAGAGAAGGCACACAGGUAAGAAACCCUGUGAAUGCCGUGAGUGUGGGAAAACCUUCAGUUGCAGCUCGGCCCUUAUUAGGCAUCAGAGAAUCCACACAGGGGAGAGACCCUAUGAGUGCAGUGAGUGUGGGAAUACCUUCAAUCACAGUUCGCAUCUUAUUAGGCAUCAGAGAAUCCACACAGGCGAGAGGCCCUAUAAAUGCAGGGAGUGUGGGAAAACCUUCACUACCAACUCAGCCCUUUCUGAACAUCAGAGAAUCCACACAGGGGAGAGGCCCUAUGAAUGCAGGGAGUGUGGGAAAAGCUUCAUUACCAACUCAGCCCUUUCUGAACAUCAGAGAAUCCACACAGGGGAGAGGCCCUAUGAAUGUCGUGAGUGUGGGAAAAGCUUCAUUACCAACUCAGCCCUUUUUCAACAUCAGAGAAUCCACACAGGCGAGAGGCCCUAUGAAUGCCGUGAGUGUGGGAAAAGCUUCACUACCAGCUCAGCCUUUUCUGAACAUCAGAAAAUCCACACCGGUGUGAGACCCUAUGAAUGCCGUGAGUGUGGGAAAACCUUCAGUCGCAGCUCUACACUUAUUAGACAUCAGAGAAUCCACACAGGGGAGAGGCCCUAUGAAUGCUGUGAGUGUGGGAAAACCUUCAAACACAGUUCACACGUUAUUAGGCAUCAGAGAAUCCACACAGGAGCGAGGCCCUAUGAAUGCAGUGAGUGUGGGAAAAGCUUCACGAGCAGUUUAGCCUUUUCUGAACAUCAGAGAAUCCACACAGGGGAGAGGCCCUAUGAAUGCCGUGAGUGUGGGAAUACCUUCUCUUGGCACUCAGUUCAUGUUAGCCAUCAGAGAAUCUGCAAGGGAGAUCAACACCAUAAAAACCUCUAGGGCUAUCCGUACUUUUUUUUUCUUUAAUACUUUUCCUGAUUCCCAAAUAGUAACUUUUGAAGCUGUUUGAACUGUUUGCAGCACCAUUAUCCCUCAGCUUGUCCAGAUGAGUGGUCCAUUUUUGCCUUUUGCAGUUCGCCCUGUUUUGACGUUGACACGUUGGUUCUUUCUAUCAACUCAGUAGUCCCAUGAAUAAUUCAAGUGUGCCCUUCCUACCAGGGAACCAGGAAGCAUCACAUUUAUACCAUUCCUCCUGUUGCAGUUAUUGUUAGUCACCAAUGUUACAAAUUGUAUCAUUGCCAGUUGUUCUCACAUUGCUCUGGGUUCUGCUGAAGAGCAGUUAUAUUGGGAACUUUUCAGAUUAUAUUUAAAUGAAGAGGAGCAGGGGCAGGGGGGAAAGUGUGAUUUCAGCCUCUGUGACACUGCAAAGAGAUGGGGAGACUCAGAGAUUCCCUCCUUCCCCAUCACUGCAGAACGGUUACCUUUUGUCUGAGCCAUGCAGAGUUUAUCUUAAUCACAUUCUAUCCCUCCACUUCUCAAAGUGCCAUGUGAGGAAGAGUUCUCGGCUGUCUGUGCUUGGAGAUGAUGCUUUGACUUCUUUAAUCCUAUAUCAGAGUCGCUAUGACUGGAGAUGAAAGUAUCAAAGACCUGGGAGGGGAAUUCAAAUGGAUCCCAAAAACAGUUAUAAUCAUUUGGAGUUUAAAUUGCCGGGUCCACCUGUUGGUAAAGCCACUUCUGGCAAUGUGGCUGUCCCCCCCUUCCCCCCCCCACGUGCGCCCAUUAUUUGGAUGCUAGGAUAGUGAAAAUUUUGUAAAUAACAUAACUGACUAUUGAGACAGUGCUGAGUGAAGUAUGUUUGAAUGGAUCAGAGGAGAAUGUGAUUGGAGAAUCUCUUGUCCUGAUUCUGAAUAAUCAGAUGUAACCUGCUUUGAAAUUUCACUUGACACUUUCAUUGUCAUGUAUUCUAUCUCUCUGUGAUGUGGGUUUCUAUCUUUCCUGAAGGCUGUUUGGUCACCCAAUCAGAUAUUAGUUCAGUUUGAUAGGCUAUAGCUCAGAUAUAUUGGAGAAUUUAAGACAAAUGACCACUUGUUAAAAUCAUCAUUUCUCACUUCAGCUUUGCUUUUUCCCCAUCCCUCCAUGAUGACAUGGAGAAAGUUCAAGUGCAGUUCUGUCAACAGGGGAGAACUCUCCAAUUUACUGGACAUGCUAACAAAGGAACAGCAGUGAUUUAAAAUCUCCACUCGGAAAUGGUGAACAACAGCAGAACCCCAGCUAAUUGGAAGAAGUGCAUAUGAUCACAGUGUAAUUCGAUUGUUUGUCAAUAUUGUCUCUGAUGAUCUGGGGAGAGAAUUCCAUGGUAAGUGAUUUUGAACUAGGUAAAAUGGCCACGUAUUUGGUUCCCAAAUCAUCUGUAACCCAGGGAAGAUCUCUCCUAGCUAAUCUUAUAUUAUGGGAGAUGCUGCCCUUCAUGACACAGAUGUUGAUUAAAUAGAAGUGGGGUUUUUGUUGUAUUUAUCCUUUGUGGGUACUAAAAAUAUGUAUAAAAUGAAAUCAGUUUUGGAAAUCUAAUAGCUGCAGAAAAAUAGCUAGUUUUUAAUGGAAACUCCAGCUCUGGUAACUAACAGAGAUUCUGAUCCAGCCCUGUAUCCAGUCCCUUGCCUGGAACUGUUCCAUGAAAUUAAAGAAAAGCUGGGCACGUUUUGGGAAGCCAUUCCUCCCUAACCCUGUUGAGAUUGUGAGUAGUUUUGUAAAGAAUUCUACUUCAGAGAAGUGUAAAUUUACCCUAACCAAGGCCAAGGAUUUGGAAAGAAUUGGGGUGAAAGAGUACACAGUCAGUUCUUGGUUUCCACCCCAGUAAAGGAAGCGAUGGUGACCAGUGACCCAAGGAAAAUUGUUUGUACAACUCCACUUCCUAGUGCAGUGUCACUGAUUACAGUUCCAGAGGAUACCAGGGUUAGACUGAGAACAAUCAUCAUUCACUGGUGGGAUGCAAAGAGAGAGUGCUUCAUAAGACAUUCCUUCCCCGUGGAUCCCAAACUACCUGCCUGAUUGGGUAAAAAGGACUUUCAGGCUGUAGAAAUGAUGGUAACCAAUGAGGCAAUGAAUCUGUCAGGCUCUAAUUUCAGGCUUCCGGAUACUCGCAUGUUGAGUCCUGAUUCCAUGGUUUGUGUCUGACGCGAUGGCUCCACAAUAAAGCUGAUGUUGGCGCAGCCGCAGCAAUGUCGCUGUACUGCAGCACCGCUAUUACAAAUGCUCGAAGCCAAUGGGAGAGAUCUCUCAAGCUGGACUUGAUUAGACCAGCUCUCGGAAGCAGCAGCAGCUGUGUUGGCAGGAGAAGCUCUCCUCCUGAUAAAAAGAAAAGGAGGACUUGUGGCACCUUAGAGACGAACACAUUUAUUUGAGCAUAAGCUUUCAUGAGCUACAGCUCACUUCAUUGGAUGCAUUCAUUUGUUUGGGGUUUUUUUUGUUUGUUCCCCCCCACCACCUCACCCACUGAAUGCAUCCGAUGAAGUGAGCUGUAGCUCACGAAAGCUUAUGCUCAAAUAAAUGUGUUCAUCUGUAAGGUGCCACAAGUCCUCCUUUCCUUGUUGCGAAUACAGACUAACACGGCUGCUACUCUGAAACCUCUCUUCCUGAUGUAGCGCUGUCUACACAGAGGGUUUGGACUGUGUUACUAUGUUGCUCAGUGGUGUGGCUUUUAAACACUCCUGAGCAAUAUACGUUUACUGAUAAAUGUCUUUAGUGUAGACCAGAUAGUUUUAUCUUGUGUUUUAUGCAUUUACAUCCCUUCUCCUCUAGCUUCUCCUACUUUGAAAGAUUAAAAAGUGUGAAAAGAGAGGUAUUGUUCCUCAUAUUGCAAACAUUCCCACAUAGGAGACCCCUUCCAUCAACACACAUGGCAGAAGACCCAGAGAUAUAUGAACUCACAGAAGUGGUUGGGACCUAUGUUGGGACAAACCACAACUUCAGUCAUGGUUCAGUUGUUGGCAAUGGGGAUUAAAAGAAAAUGAACAUAUAUGAUGAGAAUUUGUGGUCUUUGAAUAUGUUGUUGUUUCCAAUGACAAUGAAAUUAUAGGUAAAGUUAUUAGUUAAAGAGUAAGAGACUAAUUGUGUGAUAAUCUGAAUUAUUUUGGGAAACUGAAAGUUGUCUUGUUUUUUGUUUUGUUAGUCUUACAGCAAAUGAUGGCUAAUCUUGAAGUUAAUUUGAUUUAAUUUACCCUCUGUAGUGUAAUGAGUUCUGGUAGAAAACCUCAUUCCAAAGGUUGGGGUGGGAGAAUGUGUUUGAGAAAGAGUGUAUAAGAAUAUUGGCCCAGUAUAGAUUUUAAUUUUUUGUAUUUCAAAUAGAACUUGUUUUGCUUAGCUUCAGAGUCAAUUUCUAUUAAAAAGAAAACUACUGGAGGAGACAAGUUGUCUAACCUUUUAUCCACUUACACUGUAAGGGUCACUGACUUCCCCACUUCUCUAAUUUGCAAAGGAAAGACAUGACAUCUGUCAUAGGAUGUGUCCAGCAGGUAGGAAAGCUGCAAUUGUCAACCAUCAAUAUCAAGGAAAAGGAGAGUUCCAACCAUUGUCAUUUUAGUAUCUUAUUGUUCCUUUCUCUAUUUUUUGUGCUUGCCUUUCUUUUAUAUCAGAGUGUGACUGUAUAGCUCAGUGCAUGUGUGACAAAAGCUCAUUGGUGCCAAUUAGCAAAGGGGUCACUGUUAUUCACAAGCAACUUCUGUCUCAGUCCUGACAAACUUGCCACAGCUAAUACAGUGAUUUUAUUAUAUUUAUCCAGGAAGCAUACCACUGAGAACUCUACUGAAAGCUUGUAAAUUAUUGUUACUCCUAAUCACUGCUAGAUGUGUACGAGUCAUAUUUAAGGAGUAAUGUAAGUACAUGGAAAAUUAUGCCCAUAUGGUAUUUUCAUGAAAGUGAAUCACCCCCAGUCAUAGGUCUUGAUGGGGACGGCCCAUUCCAGUGGGAGGGAAUUGUCACCAGUCCCUUGCUAACCAGUUAUGUGAUGUAUUGCUCCAUUGUCAACCUUUGCACCAACCCAGAAAAGCCAAUAGAAAACUAUCAAAGACAAACUAUAGACAUCAAAACCCUGUGGAAGUGAAAAUGACAAUAUGACAAUGAGAAGAUCGUCCUUUCUGUGAAUAAAGACAAAAGACUGAUUCAGUUUAUAACAAGGUGGAGAAAAACACUCUGGGUCCAUUCACAAAGGAGAUCCCUAACAACCAGUUGCGCUUCAUGUAAGGCAGGGCCCUGGCUCCUAGAAACUAGCAAUCACUGCAAUAGACUGAAGUGAGGUGAGAAUCUACUUAGAUGGAAAAGUAUCUAUUAAAAAGUGUAGGUUGCAUUUUGUCAUUUUGUUGGUAAUGGUUGGUUUCCAUCAGUCACAUUUGUUUCUGUUUAAAUCUCUAUCCCUUGUUAAAUAAAUUUCUGUUUGUUCAAUAACUGUA